AUGGCGACACCAGAAGUUUCCACAGUUAAAGCACAAGACAUUAGACGAUGUCAACUUUGUCUAGGAAAACACAGGAAAGCAGCAGCAGAAAUUAUUUGCAAAAACUGUCAUGUUAAUCUCUGUAAAGAUUGUGUAGGCCCUCAUAUGGUUUCUAACCCCAAUGUUAAACAUGAAGUCCUCACUUUCGAAUUAACAAAAUUUGAUAUUAUUCCUCCUCAGUGCAGUCGUCAUCAUGAGCAAUUAUGUGACACAUUCUGUCAAACUUGUGGUUCUCCAAUUUGUCACAAAUGUUCAUCACUUGGAUUUCAUGACAAUCACAAUCUGCAACAUAUUUCUGAUAUAUACAGCUCGAGAAAAAAGAUCAUUUAUGAAGACAAAAAUGAACUUGAAACUUACGUCGCACCUGUAUAUGAAACAAUUAUCAUUGAAAUAGAUUCGAUGUUAUCAAAUGUUGUCCAAAAACAUGGAGAAAGACAGCAAGGUAUUACUGAAUUUGGGGAGAGAUGUCACAAUCUGUUGGAUAAAGUUAUCAAAAGAUAUUUGGAAGAAUCGAAAGACGUUGCAAGAGGAGAUACUGAAUUUCUCUCGGCACUAAAAUCGGAAUUUCAGUCACGACAGACUUUAAUUCAGUCAGCUAUCAAUGAAAAUGAGUCAGUUUUAUCUUCCAAAGAUUCUUCCAAACUUAUCUAUUACAAUUCAAAAAAUGAAUACUUUAGAAAUGUUCCAGCCAGGUAUAAUCUAACAGUGCUGCAAUUUAAUCUAAAUGAACUUACAGAACAAAAAAUAUGUGAACUGAUUGGAGUCUUACCACGGUCUAUCAAAACUGACAUACCAGCCCGUGUCUUGAAAACUGUUCAACACUUACCAAUCAGGAAAUUUGCUGCCAAACCUAAAGUAAUAAAAACUGUAAAUACUGGUUAUGGAGAAACUUACAGAGUAAACUGUAUUCCAAACACAAACCAAUUCUAUGUCUGGGGUAACACUGCUUUCACAAAACUCAUGAACACAGAUGAGAAUACACUAGAGGAGAUUCCAACAUCAGAAUUAAGUGAUCAAGCAGUCACCAAAGAAGGAUAUUUAGUCUAUGCUGAAAGGAAGACUAAAUGUAUAAAAAUAAGGAAGAGUAACGAGAUAGAAUGCCUUACAUCAACCCAGGAGUGGACACCACUGGGUAUAUGCUCUUGCUCAACGGGUGAAUUUCUGGUUUCUAUGAAAUCUUUAGAAAGAAAGGAUUCGCCAAGUAAAGUAGUCCGUUUUUCUGGAUCUACCGUCAAACAAGAAAUACAAUACGAUGCUGUAGGAAAAGCUUUAUACGCUAAGCCACUCUGCAUUGAAGAAAACAAAAAUUUAGAUAUUAUUGUAAGUGACGACGAUUUUAAUAAGGUAGUGGUUGUACAUAAAACUGGCAAGCUUAGAUUUAUAUAUGAUGGAAAUCCCAAGUCAAAAAGAUAUGAAAUAUUUACUCCAAGUGGAGUAACAACAACCAGCAUGUGUCACAUAUUGAUUGCUGACCGUAUAAAUCAUAUUAUACAUAUCAUUGAUGAGAACGGACAUUUUACCUUGCACAUUGCAAACAAUGAAUUUCAAGAUCCAUAUGAUCUCAGCACAGACAGCAAUGAUAAUUUGUUCGUUGCUGAACGUGUAUCUGGAAAAGUAAAGCUAAUAAAGCUGUUUGAAUGA